GCGCUGUUUAACUGUACUAUGGAUACACGAGUGCCAGGUCCGACAUUGCGCUCUAAUAUAGCCGAGGAGGUUAAAGGCCGCCUUAAAUAUCUUUUGGCUGCGCACAAGAAGGAAUCUAUGCAUAUUAUUCUAGGCAUUAGAUUGGGGGCGAGGUUCUAUUAUUGCAAUAUUCAUCUACGCUACCGCUAUGGCAUAAGCGGGGAGAAACUAAAUAGCCUGCUGUGGAGAAAACGCGGCUGA